GGAGAUAAGCACUCCUCCCGCAAUCUCUAACGACUUACUGAACACGUCGAUAUAGUAACCAUGAAGUCUGUCGUAAUAUCCUUAGCCAUGCUGUGCACGUCGGUCUAUGCCACAGUGGAUUUCUACCAGGUUGGUGGUCCAGCGGAAGUAUGUGAUCCUUCAAAUGGCAUGCGGUACAAGUUCUUCUACGACUUGAAAUAUACCUGGUUAGCAGCCAAGGACGCAUGCGCACUCGACUCUGGGGUAUUGGCUAAAAUCGACGAUUCGGACUUACAUAAGCGAUUCCGAAGAUAUAUCAACUCAGAAAAUGAUAUAAAGAAUCCUAUGGGUGGUGGUUACUGGUUCGGACUUAAUGACAGACUGGUGGAAGGCUCAUUUGUGUUUAUCGAUGAUACUCCUUUAUCUUAUGACGGGUGGAGUUCUAGGAAGGUUGGAAAAAAAACCGUCACACAGCCAAAUAACAAUGUUCAGAAAGACUGCCACGGACAGGACUGUGGUCAAUUAUGGCAAUUCCCGAAAAAGCGAAAUAAGAACGCCACAUGGCAUUUUGAUGAUGCAUACUGUUUGGAUAAGAAAUCUUUCAUCUGUAUGUACGAAAAUGGAUGUUCAGACGAAUAGACAACGUCUCUAGUUUCAUCACUGCACUGUUAAACACCACCCUACUAGCACGUAACCAGCUGCACGUGACCAGCUGCUAACCUCAUCCUACAGUGGACACUCAACACAGUUGCAAUGAUAUAGAGACAUUUUCUGCGCUACUUAGUGUAAUAUCAUAUCUUGCAUUCUUACUAUUAAAUCCUACAUCAUCCCAGCUGGAUCUGAUAAAUAA